UACUAUUUUAUUUUAUAUACAAGAGAUAAACACAUAUGUCGUCAACUUGCAGUACAUUUGGUUUGUAUGAAGUUGACUACUGUGGAUUCAGUGACUGACCAAAACCUGUUUUCUAUCUUACUAACUACUGUAUUUAACAUUUUUUGUAAUGCAUAAAUAAUGUAACUUAAAACUAUAUCUAUAACAAUUUAUUUUCAGACAAAACCACACAAUAUAUGGUUAAAUUAGUGUGCUGCUGUAAACUUCACAUUUACACAACUCUCCAGUUUGCCACAACAACUGAUCACCACUACAUAUAUGAACUAGUUGUGACAUGCUGGCAAGAUUCAGAUGACCUUUGUAAUGGGAAACUGUAUAGCUUCACUGUGGUCCCCUGCUCAAUUGCUGGUUUAUCGACUGGAACAGACGUACAGUCAGGAGAGAUGGCUGCAGCUGAGGGUGUGGGUACAGUGUCAGACCAGUCAUUAGCCCAGAGCACAUGUCAUCGAGAUGGGUACGAAGGUAAAUGUGUCUUCUGUAAAAUUGUCCAUAAGGAGAUUGACACCGAACUCAUGUAUUGUGAUGAAGAGCUGGCAUGUUUUAAAGAUGUUAAACCAGGAGCGCCACAGCACUAUCUUGUGAUUCCCAAUAGCCAUGUGGGAAACUGCAAAAGUCUGAAAAAGGAGCACAUCCCAUUAGUGGAGAAGAUGGUGGAGGUUGGAAAAAAAAUGCUGCAGCAGAACAACAUUACUGAUCUUAGUGACAUUAGGCUGGGUUUCCACUGGCCCCCAUUCUGUUCCAUAGCUCACCUGCACCUGCAUGUGCUGGCACCAGCCAGUCAGAUGGGAUUCAUCUCCAGAAUGUUUUACCGGAUCGAUUCCUAUUGGUUUAUUACAGCUGAACAACUUCUUGAGAGACUGAAUUCCCUUCCUGAAAACAGCUAAAUCCGAGUACCCUUGUGCUCAUGUAAUGUCUAGUUCAGCUCAGUGAGAGGUUUGGAGAAUAGACUGCGCUUGAAAAACAGUUGUAAAUGGUACUGAUUUUAGUGUACUGUUUAAAAUAAAGUGCAUGGGUGGUCUGUGUACAUAAAA